GUUUAAUGCAGUUGAUGAAGAUUCCUAUCCUCUUCUGCUGACUCUGAUGUUAAGAUGGUGGGAUUCCAUGUGAAGAUUUCACACGUCCUGCUAACGUUUGGAUAGACAGCGGCCAAUGUCGUGAAUGGUAGCCCCUUACAAAGGAAACUGAGAAAAGGUAAGAUACGCAGCUGUUCAUGUUUUAAAGACUGAUGUCGUGUAAAAAAUUGCAGGGCUAAUUGAAAUAAUAGGAACAACAAAGCCCAGAUUGAAGAGUGGCAAACCUCACCUUUAUAUCGGCUGGCUGCUCACAUUUUUUAUCGCCGAGGAAUUUGUUUCUACCUUUUUUCACCAAUUUUUUUUUACAAGUAUUUAUGCUAGCAAUUGACUUCUUGUGUUAAAGAAGUAAUCAUCAUUGUCCAAAAAAAGAAGUGACCAUUUUUUAACAUCAUCAAAAGUCUUUUAUUUUAUUCAUAGAUCAAAAUUGGCUCUCUUCGGGUUUAUCAAAUAUAGCUCUUAGUUUAAAAAUAAAGUCAGCAAAAAUUCAAAUUUCCAAAGCGUUGGAAAACGAAAGGUUUUCUUUAUUUUUUGAGUGCUAAUAUUUGCUAACAGUAAUGUUAAAGAGAAGACUUUGAUUUUAAAAACCAACAAUUUCAGAAUUUUCAAUACAAAGCUACAUAUUUUUUGGCUGUGGAUUGUACUAAACGACGACUCAAGCAUGGUAAAACUACUACACGGUCUCGUAUAAGCAAAAAUUUCGUUGGUUUUUUGCUUCUGAGCAGCAAAUCAACAAUUAUUUGAAUAAGCGUUGAUGUCGAAAUAUUUCUUGGUUUUUUUUUUUUUCUUGUCUCUUUUUUUCGCCUAGAACUCGGUUGAAUAGAAACCUAACACAGUUGUAAUAAAAAUCUUUCUUAAGGCACAAGAUGUUUCUCACUGCUAUUUUAAAAAAAAGAAUUGGUUCACUUUUUUUUAGCUGUGCGUGGGAAGGUUGAAGAAGCACGAGAGAAGCGCAAGAAUUGCUCGAGGUAUAAUUAGAUAUAAGUACGCUAUCAUGGACCAAUUCUUUAAUCGAAUGAAUUCCCUUGUGAGGCUCACUGUAAGAAACUUUAAAGGGGAAUACAACACUAAUUUAAAAUGUUUUUUUUUUUUUUUAUUUUUUUUUAUGAUGAGAACUUAAAGUUCUCCAUCGAGUCCUUUAAACAUCAAAACCUCUGAUGAAGAUGAGUGCUUCGCUGAUUCCCUUUAUUUUGCAUUUUUGCUUUUGUUUAAGAUUUAAUACGCCUGUAACACUUUUCAGCAGAAUAUCAUGAAUUUUUUUAUUCAACUUUUAUACACUGCACGAAUUCCGAUUUUCUGUUUGGCUGAUUUUUAACACGUGAUACUGGGUUGUGACGAAAAAAUCCCCUUGACGUUAUUAUCAUGGUAUAAUAGCCGUGGUGUAAAUUCAACACACCACUGUCAUUACGCCAUGGCUUCGGCUGACUCAAAGUUUGACGAUUUGUCAGAUGCAGACACUGAUUCUCUUAUUAUGAUGCAAUUCCUAAAAACAGCAAGAAAGCAACUGCUUGGGGAAUAUCUGUUUUGAAAAGUAAGGUUGCGAAAUUUAAAUUUUUCAUUCAAGCUAGUUGAGGUGUUUUUGCGCGUUGUCAACAGUUGCGCCAGCUUGGUAUAGAGUGGUUUCAAUGAAGUGUUUCUUUGUGCAGCGUAUUCAAUUUGAAUAAUAAAAAUGUCAACGCACUCAUUGCUCAUAAAUUAUCGGGAUUUACCUGUGCUCAUUCACAAACAGUGAACUCGAAAUUUUCAAUACCGCACUCAGCAAAGCCUCGUACGGUAUUGAAAUUUCUCGUUCAUUGUUAGUGAACUCGUGCAGGUAAAUCCCGAUAAAUCACACGCUGAGUGCGUUAUCCUGUAAAUAACCAACCACUUAUUUUUGAGCGAAUACUAUUGGCUGCUUUACAUCACGUACCGUGCAAAAUCACUAGGCAUUUGCCUAACCAUUAUUUCCGUUGAAGAGAAACAAAGCCAGCACAAGAGUUUAACUUUUUCAUCUGUUAUCUUAUGGGGAAGAAAAAAGAACUCUUUUUGUAGAGUCCAGUGAUAGAGACAUUAAGAAGCUGAUCUCAAAAACUACUCCGGAAAGUACAAAAUAGUCAACUAAAUUUGCUGUCACGUGCGAUACGAAAAUUGAUGCGAGGGCUAUGAACUAAAUACACCUCUCUCUGACUUUCUGGUUCGUCGGCUGGUCGUGUCCUUUGCUGAGAGAUCGUCCUCAAAAUUUUGCAUUUACCCCCGAAACUUCGCUUCUCGGCCAAAUAAUUAUUUUCGGACAAUAUCUCAGCCACGAACACUAUCAGCCGACAUACCAGUCAUCCGGAGGGGUUUAUUAAUGAGUAUCUCACGAGUGACGUGAAUUUUCUCUGUAUACAGAGGAGCCUUUAGCGUAUUGCUAUACCACGAAAAUAUAAGUGACGAAAGGGGUGUUCAAUGGUAUGGCAUAACAAAAAUGUUAAAUAACUAAUUUAUACCAUGCUGUGGGAAGUUGAAUAGCCAACAAAAGCAGUGCAUUGUGAGGAUAGAUUUCAUUCUUUAACCAAAACUGUAACAAAGUUCUUGAACGUGAUUGGUUAUCACCAGCAUUACUAGGACAGUGUACGAGUCAUGCUUGUAAUUGGACAGAGUAAUAGGACAGUUAAAGGGACAGUCAACACGUCAUGCCUGUGUAAAUGGACAGAAUGUGUCAUGUGCGCGCGCCGUUGUCUCUCAUUUCGCCGAGUUAACUGGUUUUUUUUUUUAAUGAAAACGUAUAACCGAUGUCUAAUUCUUCCUCAAAUUGCUUCGUAGUUUUAAUUAUUUGGUAACAGGACAUCGUGUCGUUCAUAUUCGUAAUUAACAAAUUGGACUCCCGCUUCGUAGACGUCCGAUUUUGUUAAUCACUCGUAUGAUUACAGACCGAAUUGUACUCCGCUCGCUCCUAUUAACAUUAUAAAUGGCUUCAUGCAGCAAUUUUUUUUAUCUCUCAUCAGGUGACAAGCAAGAUAUCACGGGGAACCGAAAUACUGUUUACCGUGGAAAACGGGUUGACUGCUCCAUUAAAAACGAUUUUUGAGACUCUCUCAAUGGAGCUUAAAAGGUGGAGUAAAGUAUUUCAAGAAUUCGUCGUAAUUCAGGAGGUCAUUUUUGGAGUCGUAGUAAUUAGACAAGGCCCUUGUUUUGCCCUAAGUCGCGGCGACUUAGGGCAAAACAACGAAACGUAGCUAACAUAAAUUAUGGGAGAAAAUGUCGUAAAUUUUCUUAACGUCUAACGGUUAAAAUUUGUCAAUCCUUAACGCAUAACGACUAAUUAACCUUAUUUGGCCGUUUUAAGGCUAACAGUUAACCCCAUUGAAACCCUAAGCAACUUUAAAAAAAACAAACCUUAGAUGUGAAAGCAAAUACACUUCUUUGCAAGACCUAGAAAUCGAACAAAAAGCAAGGAGAAAAGGUGACAGUAGCAUCCUGGUAAGAAACACAACCACAUGUUUGUGUGAAACAGCCUUGACACUCCUAUCGUGGAACUUUCUCUUUUGUUUCUCUUCCUUUAUUUUUUUCUACUGGGAUCCACCUUCACGCCUUGUAAAACCUGCUUCCUUCUUGUAAAAAAGGGUUCUAAAAUUUAGUUUUUAUUCGUCGGUAAACUCGAGUUAAGAGCUAAGUGAAGUUAGCUCAAAAUUGCAAUUGACUGAGUUAAUGAAUUAAACAUGAGCAAAUGUUUGAAAUAUGAAGUGUUCAAAGCCCUUUUAAGGGCGUGGUCAUAACUUAAACAUUAGAAAAAUUCUCUCAAUGUCUAAAGAAUUAAUUAAGCUCACUCUGUGAAGCGAGAUAAUUAUUGUCCUGCCGUGUGAUUGGACCAUCCAUUCAACCGGCAAAAGUCUACCAAAAUGCUUUGCCCAUAAAAAAAAAUUGUCACUUGUUAACUAUUCCAUUCGUUUUCUUCAACUUGCGAAGACUAAGCCUUGCCUGACUUGGUUUUACGACUGAGAUGGACGCCAUACAUGUGAAGACUUUGCUAUUCCUGCUAAAAUUUGGACUGAUAAAGUCCAACUUGGUGGAAGGGGGCCCACGCCUCAUGAAAAACAAAAACGGUGAGAUACAAGAUUCUGUUUACUUUCAAUAGACCGCAAGAACUUCGGAACUAAUAUAAAUAUAGUAAGGACUUUUCAAGCAGAGCAUCUUCUUUACAUCUUUAGGUACGAGGGACGGUCGGUUUCUCAUUGGGAACAGCAUAAAAAGGGCACACGAUGUGCCAGGAUUCCGUAAAAGUGUCCCCAAAAAAGCAAGAAAAAGUGAUUGCCAGGACACUCAUGUCAAAGAGUUCUUUCCCAGUGGGACACUGCCAAAGGGUUUACGUAAGGACCAAGAAGGAACCGUCCUCAUUUGCCAACAGAAAAGCAGAUACAAAUUCCGCCCGGACAAAGAAACCUACUACACAACGCUUUUCGACCAAGUUCGGGGAAUUCCAGUAUAUUCAGCCUACAGACUCAGAUCAGAAAACAUGAAUUAUGAACGGAGAUGUCGCCCAACAUGGCAAGAAAACAAAGGUAUACUGAAAAAUUAUUAAUAAAUCCAAAUGAGGGGGGAGGGCUCCAGUCAACUCCCAGCCCGUGUAUCAUGAUUGGGUCUCGAUUAGCUUGCGCCCUACAGAGUGAAAUAAAGGAAGCAACGAGAGGUAAUGCAACAAGUUAGUAGCGUAUCAAAAUCACUAGCUUACAUAUUGUUGUCAGAGAUUAUGACCACUUCCUCACUGUAGUUGUGUAUGUCUGUACGCGCUUAAUUUACUUCAUCUAUUUUACGAAAACAAACGAAUCGAUACAAAACAAAGUGAAACGAAGCGAAGCAACGCAAAGCGGUUAAAAGACGAUUGUGACCAAACGCGCCACUACUACACUAUGGAUUCAAAAGGCGCAAAACUAAACCUGAACUAAUUUGCGUAAACAUUUCAAAAAUUCAUCAAUUAUUAUUUGCGGUGCUUGCUGAUGAGGAUGAUUAUAUUCAUGUCUCAGCAUUAAUCUCAAAAAUUAAUGAUUAUCAUUAAUCAAACUCUAGUUACUAAUAUUAUUUCCCUAUGUUCUAAGUAUUCACGUGGACUCUUGCUCUACUCAUGUAAAUGGUAGCUAUCUGUGAAUGUAUGUGUAUGCCUAUUUAUUUUAUUCUAUCUCAUUUAUUUAUUUAUUUUACGUGAUUUACCAUUGAUCCAUUUUUCUACAUUUGAUUGUAAGUAACACAAACAGCUUUGUUAUAUUCGGGUUGUGUAUUUCUCUAAUUUGUUAAGUUUAAACCAUGAAAAUGAUGGUGAUGACCAACGAAAAUAAGACCUAAAAUGUGAAAAAUAAACCUACAAGAUAAGCAAUUAGCAAAAGCUACAAGAAAGCGAAAACUAAACCAAGCAAAACACGAAAGGCACGAACAAAGACAAUUACCUGAUCCUGGGUUUUAAUCUCAUAUCGUUUUUUCCCCACUUCCGUUUCGCCACGGGACUCUCAGGUAAUCUCGUAAUCUCGUUUUAUUCAGUCACAUAGAAUAACCACAUGCACAAUAAGUAUAUGUGAUAAUUUCUCCACUACAAGAGAAAACUUUCCCUGAUAGGAAGUUAAUAAUCAGUAAUUAAUCAAGCCUUACUGAAAUAAUCUUGAGUUGUGGAUCUUGAAUUUGAUGAAAAUGGCGUGAUGGUGACGACGAUGAUGAUGGCAGAUGAUUGAUUUGAAGCAAAUCCCAUUAUUUACUAACGAAAACUGAACGCAACUAGAAUAUGGCGGAAAUUUGAUUCCUGUGAUUUGCUGAACUUUACAAAAAGUGAACAAUUUUCACAAAGCUGAGUUCAACCGACAAAGUAACCUUUAGUGAUGAAACAAAGAAGUUUUCAUUCUGAAUUUAUUCAACCUCAUUUAAUAUUAGAGUAAACAGAGGACGUUAAAUCAACCACUUUUUUUUCCCUUUUUAAAGGUAUCAAGAACCAAGUCGGAAAAGACACAUACCCACAGGCACCUUGGCAAAGAGGCCACUUAGCCCCAGCGCACACUUUAUCAAGUGACAAAGGGGCCUUUCGUUCUACUUUUAGAUACACGAACGCCGUGCCUCAGCGUCCAUCUUUUAAUGCUGGUGAAUGGUCCAAGUUUGAGAGAAGAAUACGAAAGUAUGCAGAAGUGUGCACUAAAUAUCACAAUGGAGUUCUCUAUCUUUUAAGUGGCACCGCAUUUGUUUCUGUUGAUGCUCUGGUCGAGAUAGAUAAAAAUGAAAAGGUUAAAGGGGUGAGGAAAGGAGGUAAAAUAGAAACGCGGCCUGGGGAAGAUAAUUACCAUGAAAUAUAUGUUCCCAAGUCACUUUGGACUGCCGGAUGCUGUGUCGGUACUUCUCCUCCUUAUUAUGCAAUAGAAAGUUUUGCAGUGAUCGGCAACAAUGUCAACGAACGAGAUGAAAUGCAUACGCAACAAAUUUCUGUUAUAAUCCUCCAAAAGAUUCUUGAGCAAGACGAUCUCAGAGGUGAAGAAGUCAGUCUAUAUCCUAAUCAUCCAGGCUGUUUACUGAAAAACUUGGCAAAGCUACCCGAGUAUGUUAAAGGAGAUCCAAAGGAAGAAGAAGAAGAAGAAGAAGAAGAAGAGGAAGAAGAAGAAGAAAAAAUAGAAGAAGAGAAAGAACUAGAGUAAGAGAGGAAGCAGAAUAAUAUGGAGUUAGAAUAAUUUUUCGCAUCUGAAGAAUUCGAACAAGGAAACGUGAUUGUUUAACAAUUACUGGACAAUAUUGGCCGUCAGUCGUUUUUAUACUGCCACGACCUCGGCCAAUAUUCCCCGGUAUGGCCCUCGCAUUCGGUCGAUAAGAAAUUAAUAUUCACCGAACCUGGAGUGAAUAAUAGUUUCGGUAUAAUUUUUCAAGUAAUUUGAUUAGAAAAAAAGUUUCCAUUUUAUCCUUUUUCUUUGCUUAUAAUUUGUAGCUCAUCAAAGGAAAGAUGCAUGUAGUCUGGCGUUUAGAUCACAUGAUAGAUCUACAGAGUGUACGUGACGAAUUGAGACAAGUAAAGUUUUCCCUGUUCUGCGAGAAAACGUUUUAAACACAGGCUUUUAAUGUCUGAGAAGAAAGCCACCUAUGGUUGAAUUUACCCGUAAACGUUUAGCACCCUAGCUAUACUUAUUAUUUUAAGCGGGUUGAUCACAAAGAAAUGUGAUGCAAUCCUUGACCAACUAAGAUAUUUAAUUUGUCACUUACAAACGACUCUGGCAGAGGUAACACAAAAUAUAAAGAAAAACGCGGGAAACUGUAUGCUGCUGUGUAACCUCCAAGACAAGUUGGCAAUAGUUGAGACUAGUUGAGCUUCAAGAACCUUCCACUUGUGGCGAGAGGGUCUGGUUACGAGAAAUUUGUAAUUCUAAUGCAGUCUCUCUGAUGUACCGAGCAGACUAAGACUCACUUCAUCUUUUAUUGUUGUGGUUUCACUGUUAUCUUUUAAUCAAGCAUAAGUUUCCAGAAUUUCAAUAAUCAACUCUAAACUCUAUUUCAAGAUAUAAAAGACUAAAAGUGUGUGAG